UGCGCGCCUCCGCGGUUCGGCUCUGACCCAGCAGCAGCAGCAGGAGCAGCAGCAGCGAGAGGAGGAGCAGAGUUCUGUUCAGGCUGCAGAGGAUUUCUCCAACAAUCAAACCAAGGACGAAGCAGAACACUGGACUGUAGCAACUUGAGCUGGAGGAGAACUUGAGGAACGACAUAACAUAGGAGAAGUGAAUGAUCCGCCUGCUGUUGCUGCUGCUGCUGCAACUGAUGCUGAUCCUCAACACAACCGGCUGAAAACGUUUCUACUGAACGGCUGGAGUUAAAAAAAACAACAACCUGAUGCUCCUUUUUCCUGCUGAGGAAUCGGCCGUAUCCGUGCAGGAUCAGGUGCAUCAGCUGAAUGGCGGCGUUGUGCAGCAGAGACUCUGUCAGAUCGUCAGACGUGGAGAACUUGGUUUGCACGCUCAGUUCAUCUGAGGGAGUAGAAAACCCUCCUGACAUGAAGGUCCACUGCAGACCGGGAGGAGGUGAAGUGGUCCAUUCAAAGAUUUCCGGGCAUCAGACGGCUCUCCACCGCAGCGCCAUGGUGGGGAACAGCGAGACCAUGGCCGCUCUGAUCGCUGGAGGCUGCGCUGUGGACCUGCAGGACCCACUUGGAAACACGGCGCUCCAUGAGGCGUCCUGGCACGGAUUCACACAGUGCGUCAAACUGCUCGUUAAGGCUGGCGCUGACGUGCGCGUCAAGAACAAGGCAGGAAACUCGGCGCUUCACCUGGCCUGCCAGAACGCACACGCUCCCACUGCUCAGCUCCUGCUGCUUGGUGGUUCAAAUCCCGACGCCAAGAACAAGGUGGGCGACACCUGUCUGCAUGUAGCUGCUCGCUACAACAACCUGAACCUGCAGAAGAUCCUGCUGAGGUCGCGGUGCCGCUUGAAUGAGACCAACCAGGUUGGAGACACAGCGCUUCACGUCGCAGCAGCUCUGAACCACAGGAAAGCUGUUCAGCUUUUACUGUCGGCCGGUCUGGAUGUGCGAGUCCGGAACAACGCAGGAAAAACGGCGUUGGAUAAAGCCAGAGAUCACCAGAGCAAGCAGGUGGCUCUGCUGCUCUCCAAAGUUCCUCAGGUACGCUACAUGAGAAGAAAGACGAUGAGGAAGCCCAGACUGAGAGCGCCGACUCGACCCACCAAAGUCGGCGCUUUGAAGAUGGAGCAAAGUGAGCCCAGAUCAGACGGAAAGGAACUGAAUGCAGAAGAUCUCACCUCAGGAAGGAAACACAAUAAAUCGCAGAAGGACGAGUUCUGGGAUGAGGCCGGGAAAACGUUUCAGCUGUACACUCUGUACAGAGACAGGGAGGGCAGAGUUCGGCAGGCUCCUGCCAGCGGCUGCGUCUGCGAGUCUCUCCUAAAGAAGCUGCAGGACGAUCUGACGACCUCAAAGCAGGAGCUGAGGCUGCAGAUCCUGAAUGUCCAGGAGGAGCUGCACGGCCAGAUGGACAGGAUGGAGCGCCGCAACAAGCACCAGCUCAGAAAGUUGGAGAUGUUGAUCCAGGAGAAAGCAGCGUGUGAGAGGAGGAGCCUUGCAUCCAGAAUGGAGCAGAGAGCAGCACAGGACCGAGCAGAAGCUCUGAGGAACCAGGAUGCUCUGAGAUAUGAACUGAAGAGCUGGUGUCUGUCUCUGCUGGAGGACUUGGACAUCUCAGUUCCAGCCGAGACCGUUUACCAGAACCUGCUGCUGUCUCCGUCCGCAGCAGAAACGGACCUGGAGUCGGUGCCGCUGCUGUUUUCUGGAGACAGCAGCCCCUCUGUGUCCGCCAGCACCCUGAGACCCAGAGGUUCUGAGACUUUGAGGCUGUCUGAGCCGACCGGGGGCAGAACCUACUUCGAGAUGAAGGUGGACAGGUGUGCAGAUCAGAACCAGAACCCAGAAAGCUCACUGGACCUCUCCACAGUCUCUUCUACCCCCUCCUGGCUCCCAGCAGUACUGCAGAACCUUCCUUUCUCUGUAGAUUACGCCGAGGAACGCUCCAGCAGCAUCAGCACCGGCCCACAGGAAGAGGUCGGGGGCCCCAAAGACGACACCAUGGUUCUGGAGUUCCUCAUGGACCGACCUGCUGAGCCCACAUUCAUUCAGGAGAGGAAACACCUGCAUGCCGUAGAGGUGACUCAGCAGUUCUUUGACGCUGUGUCGGCUCAGCUGGAGCGCUGGUGCUCCAGGAAGAUCCUGGAGGUGGAGUUCCAGUCGGAGCUCAGGGCCCGGGCGGAGAGCAAGGAGAUGCUGCAGCGAAUCAAAGAGCUGGAGGAGGAGCUUCACCGGCUGCAGACCAAUGAGCAGAAAGAGAGCUUCCUGAGACCGAAGAAAUCAGAUUUUAAUUGAGUACUGAUACGGUCUGCCAGCAGAUUUUAGCUUCACGUUUGUUGGAGAUCUUUAUGUUUGUAUGGGUUUUAUUAUCAGGAGAGUCAGUUCAGACUAAAAGCUGAUCCUCAUGGAUUUCACUUUGUCUCCAGUAGAUGAGGUUUCAAAGGGAAUGUUCAUCACAUUUUUUUGGACAAAAUCAAUCUCUGCAUGUCUUGAGCUCCUUUUAGAAAAAAAUAGAUGUGCAAUUAUAUAACCACAAAGCUUUGAAAAGCAGAAGUGGAGCCUCCUGCACAACCAACAAAAAUGCAGAAAGUGUUUUCUGGAUGGUAAGUCAACAAUAAAACACUUUUGUAGCAGCCAUUGUACAGCGGUAAAACCAGCUGACCAAAUUUGCUGGACCUCAUUUGCUAGGUGACUGGCUGAGGUUGCUAGGCAACAUCCACUUACCUAGUAGUUACCUGUUGAUUAUGACUUAACAAUUAGGAGGUUUUUUGAAACGUCUCAUUUUCUAGACAUCUAAAAACAUUAACUUAUUUCCAAAAAAACAGUUAUAAUACACUGGGAUUCUCCCCAGUGUAUUAUAAGCCUGACG